AUGCCAAUGAAGAAUCCGGCUUCAUGGAACUCGAUGAUAGGAGGUUUUGCAAGACAUGGGUUAGGAGCGGAUGCUUUAGAGGAAUUCGAGAAAAUGAUGGAAUGCGGCUUGGAGAGGAUAGCUGCAGAAAAAGAGCAUUAUGCUUUGCGUGAUGGUGAGUUGGAUAAAGCAGAGAGGCUGAUAAAGGGAGUGCCUUUUGAGCCUGAUGUUGUUAUUUGGGGGACUUUGCUUGGGGCUUGCAUUCAUGUUUGGAGCUCGGUGAGGUUGCUGCUGAAGGGAUCUCGAGGCUUAGAAGAGGAGAUUGGACUAGUGUUAUGGGGUUUAGGACUAUGA